CUGGCAUCUGGCACCUGAGAUCUGGCACCUCAGAUCUGGCACCCACCGCCGCCCGCCAUGCGCUCCCUCUUCUACUCGCUCCUGUCGCUGGCGACACUGGCCUCGGCCCUCGCCGUCCCCGACGCUGCCGCUGCCGCCGCCCGCGCCGCCCCCGACACUGCUGCCGCAAAGCGCGCCGACGCGGCCGCCGACGACGACUGGGAGGACAAGGUGCCCGACACCGUCUUCAAUGGCCAGACCGUCCCGCCCAUGCCGGUGCUCGACAUCAAGACCCUCGACAGCGAGAUCAGCAAGGGCAACUGGAUCGUCGAGUUCUUCUCGCCCUCGUGCCCGCACUGCCGGCACUUUGCCCCCACCUACCAGACCGCCUACGAGUUCUACUACACCUCCAAGCCCAUCGACGCCAAGGGCGAGCCCGAGGGCGACUCGCUCAACUCGUUCAAGCGCUUCUACGACUUCAACUUCGCCAAGGUCGACUGCAUCGCCUCGGCCGACCUGUGCAAUGCCCACGCCGUCAUGAGCUACCCCUCCAUGAUCUACUUCCGCGACGGCGUCGAGACCCAGCGCCAGAAGGGCUCCAAGAACAUGAAGGAGAUGAGCGACUGGGUCGAGCAGCUGCUCGAGACCAUCCGCCCCGGCUCGCGCAAGGAGGGCGGGCCCAAGCUCCCCAAGCCCGGCGACAAGGCCGUCGAGGCCGGCCCAGACACCGAGGACGUGGUCAAAGAGAAGGCCGAGGAGGACGUCAAGGACAAGCAAGCCGCCGCCUCCAAGCUCGCGAGCCUCAAGAACGAGCCCACCAAAGCCGCUGCGCCCACCCCGACCCCCGAAAAGGCCGCGCCUGCAAAGCCCGUGUCCACCUUCAACCCGGACGGCAUCUCCGAGGUGCUCACCGCCGAGAAGUUCCAGUCGGUCGUCACAAACACCCUCGAUCCCUGGUUCGUCAAGUUCUAUGCGCCCUGGUGCCACCACUGCCAGGCUCUCAAGCCAAACUGGGACAACAUGGCCCGCCAGGUCAAGGGCAGGCUGAACGUCGGCGAGGUCAACUGCGACGUCGAGAAGAGGCUCUGCAAGGACGCAAAGGUCAAGGGCUACCCUACCAUGCUCUUCUUCCGCGGCGGCGAACGCAUCGAGUACGAAGGCCUCCGCGGCCUGGGCGACCUCCUCGACUACGCCAACAAGGCAUCCGCCGUCGGUGCUGGCGUCGAGGACGUAGAUGCGGCAGCCUUCAAGGCGCUGGAGCAGAAAGAGGAGGUCGUCUUUGUCUACUUCUACGACCAAGCCACCACCUCCGAGGACUUUGCCGCCCUCGAGCGCCUGACCCUCAGCCUGGUCGGCAAGGCCAAGAUCGUCAAGACCAACGACAAGGCCAUGUCCGACCGCUUCAAGAUCUCCACCUGGCCGCGCCUCAUGGUCUCCCGCGACGGCAAGCCCACCUACUACCCCCCCAUCACCCCCAAGGAGAUGCGCGACACCCGCCAGGUCCUGACCUGGAUGAAAUCCGUCUGGCUCCCCCUCGUCCCCGAACUCACCUCUUCCAACGCCAAAGACAUCAUGGACGGCAAGAUUGUCGUCCUGGGCAUCCUCAGCCGCACCCGCUACGACGAAUUCAUCCUCUCCAAGCGCGAGAUGAAGAGCGCCGCCAUCGAGUGGAUCGAUAAGCAGGAAGCCCUCUUCCAGCUCGAGCGCCAGGAGCUGCGCGACGCAAAGCACCUGCGUAUCGAAGAAGCAGAGGACAAGAACGACGACCGCGCCCUGCGCGACGCAAAGGGCAUCCGCAUCAACAUGGACGAGAUCGAGCGCCCGCGUGUGGGUUUCGCCUGGGUUGACGGCGCCUUCUGGGAGCGCUGGGUCAAGACGACAUACGGCAUUGACGUGAAAGACGGUGAGCGCGUCAUCAUCAACGACGAAGACAACCGCCGCUUCUGGGACACCACCAUCUCCGGCGAACCCAUCCGCCCCUCGCGCACCUCGAUCCUCGAGACCAUCUCCAAGGUCACCCACAACCCGCCGCGCAUCGCGCCCAAGUCCACCUCCGGCCGUGUCGCCCGCGUCUUCCUCGGCCUCAACCGCUUUGCCUGGCACCAUCCCGUGCUGGCCGUGCUCGGCAGCAUUGGCACCCUACUUGCGGCGCUGUUGGUCGGGAAGAGGAUGCGCAGGAGGGGCGGUCAGGGCUACUUUCAGCUGGGGGAAAGGGAUGGGCUGUUGGGCGGGAUCGGGGGGGCUGGGGCUAAGCACGAUUAG